AUGUCUGAUCUGACGGAGAAGGAUAUCUUGGGAAAGGCUGUGACAUCCAUGUAUACAAUUGAGUUUCAGAAACGUGGUCUGCCUCAUGCUCAUAUUUUGCUAUUCAUGCUUCCCCAAUCAAAGUUCCCUACUACCGAUCAUAUAGACAACAUUAUUUCAGCAGAGAUUCCAGACAAGAUCCAUGAGCCAGAAUUGUACAAUGUUAUAAAAGAUAUGAUGAUUCAUGGUCCUUGUGGUGUUGUAAACUUGAACUCCCCGUGUAUGGAGAAUGAACAACAGUUAGCAAAGAAGGGUUUCCAAUCUAUAGAAGACGUGACAAUGAUCGGUUUGUGGAGAAAAAUGUAUAUUAAUAAGGGCCAAGAUCGAGUAACCGUUGUUGUUGAACCACCAGCUCAAGAUUCUACACAGAAGACUUUUAAACCUAAAAAGGUAUGCAAUGAAGAAGAGAAAAACGAGAUAAAGGAUUUUUUUGACUGCAGAUAUGUCUCUGCCUCUGAAUCUUCGUGGAGGAUAUUUAAGAAUCCGAUACAUUUUCGUGCAACACCAGUUGAGAAGAUAUCUUUCCAUCUUCCAGGCAAGCAGAUUGUUGUUUUCAAAGAUGAUGACACUUAUGAUGAAGUUCUAAGCAUAAAGCUAAUUGAAAACACCAUGUUCUUGAGAUGGUUUGAAUUGAAUAAGGUAUUUGCUAUCAUGCUUAUGUCUGACACACUAUCAUCACCCGAAGUUGUCUGGGAAAAGACUUGGGAAAUCCUUUCAGAAGACUUCGAACAUAAAAGGAGGAAGCAAUUAAAACGUCCAGAUCUUUGUUUAAGCGAUGAGGAAAAAAAACAAUUUGCUCUUCAAGAGAUUGAGAAGAUUUUGAAGAGUAAUGGCACUUCUUUAUCGAGGUGGAAAGCUAUGCCAAAGCCCUCGGGGGACUUAGAUGUGACUUCGAAUGUUCUGAUAAUGGAUGAACUCAGUUAUAAUAGGGAGGAGUUAACCGAAAGUCAUGACAUAGAUAUAAAGAAGCUAACAGAUGAGCAGAAGAAAAUUUAUGAUGAGAUCAUGUCUGCUGUAGCCGAGAAACAUGGAGGUGUCUUUUUUGUAUAUGGCUUUGGUGGAACAGGAAAAAAUUUCAUCUGGAGAUUGCUCUCUUCUGCUAUAAGAUCGAGGGGAGAUAUUGUGUUGAAUGUGGCAUCCAGUGGAAUUGCUUCGUUGUUGUUACCGGGAGGAAGGACUGCUCAUUCAAGGUUUGGCAUACCUAUUAAUCCAGAUGAAUUUUCAACCUGCAACAUUACUCCUGGAUCUGAUCUUGCCAAUUUAGUUAAGGAAUCAUCGCUCAUAAUCUGGGAUGAAGCUCCAAUGAUGUCUAAGCAUUGUUUUGAGUCUCUCGUGUCUCUCAGAUAUAAUGGAGUCCUAAGACUAACGAAGAAUAUGAGACUACUCUCAGAUAAUUUAACGAUUCAGGAAGCAGAAGAACUUAAGGAUUUCUCUAAGUGGAUAUUAGAUGUUGGAGAUGGAUAUCUUGGUGGUGAAAAUGAUGGUGAUGCCACAAUCGACAUACCAGAGGAAUUUAUGAUUAACGAUGCUGAAUUUCCUUUAGAGUCUAUAAGCAAGGAAAUCUAUGGAGAUGUUAUUUCUCUUCAACAAAACAAAUAUCCUAAGUUUUUUCAAGAAAGAGCUAUUCUAUGUCCAACCAAUGAAGAUAUAAACAUGAUCAAUCAGUAUAUGUUGGAUAAGCUUGAUGGAGAGGAAAUAACUUAUUUGAGUUCGGACUGUAUAGACCCUUCUGAUCAAGGUUCAGUUAACGAUCAAGCUCUUACUCCAGAUUUCUUGAACAGUAUCAAAGCCUCUGGUCUCCCAAAUCACAAUCUGCGUCUGAAGAUUGGCUGUCCAGUUAUGCUAAUACGAAACAUUGAUAGUGUAGCAGGUUUGAUGAAUGGCACUAGACUAUAG